AUGGACACCUCGAUCAAGCCUCGUACCUCGCGCACACUGUUCGCAGUAUGCGCCCUGCUACUGAUUCUCGUCUGCCUACAUGACAAUGUCGGCUCCAUGCCUCUGCCGGCACGCGGUCCCGUGCGCGCUUCCGAUUCGAACCGGCGCACACCUUACAAAAACAUCUAUCGCUCCUUGGUGGAUCCGUUCGAGCUGUAUAGCAACCGCCCAUCCGUUCGCGCACCCGUCUUGGCGCCUCGUACCACCGACAAUCCAUCCUCUGCUGUAACCCGCAACUACGUGCACAUGCUUCGUACGAACCCGGCGUACAUUUCGCCCUCGGCAGGCGACGCCGUAGACAGCGUUCUAGCGCGUAUGCGCGCGCUCCUCGACCGCAGCCAUCCGGCACCCACCUUAGCCGAACAACGAAGCUUACUAGCCCUGUUCGACGAUGUGGCUCGACAAGCAACGUGGGAUCUGCAAAACCCGCUCCACCCGAACAACAUUGGCGCUCAGCAUGCGGUUCCAAUCGCACGCCUGAAAUCCAAGUACAAAGAGGUGAUCGAGCUGCUCGACGCCGAGGGCAGAUUGAGCAAGUUGACCAAUCACUUGAACGAUGCGGAUAGCGAUCGGUUCUUGAACGCGUUCGACCUGUUAAACACCGAGCACACACUCUUGGAGAUUGUGGGCGCGAACCAUGCUGCAAGAUUCCCAGGCCUAUAG